AUGAUGGCGUCGCUCGCCCGCAUUCAGAGAGGCCGCAACGGUCUCUCGGCUGCUCAAAAGGCCAUUGGUGCUACACGCGCCUUGGCCACUCCUGCCGCUGAUGGUCGCGUCCCCACCUUCCACCCAUCUCGCGUACCACCCUACACAGAUUUGCUCGCCACCCUCGAGACAGUGCGAGCACAACUCAAUCGUCCCUUGACAUUGUCCGAAAAGAUCCUCUACUCACAUCUCCACAACCCAGAGCAGGACCUUGCCGGCGUCGGUGCGGAUGUCUCUGCGAUUCGAGGCAAGAAGUACCUCAAGCUCAAGAUCGACCGUCUGGCCAUGCAGGAUGCCUCGGCGCAAAUGGCUCUUCUCCAGUUCAUGACUUGUGGUCUUCCACGCACCGCCAUCCCAUCCAGCGUACACUGCGAUCAUCUCAUUCAGGCCUACGAAGGUGCUGAGGCAGAUCUGAAGCGCUCCAUCGCCUCCAAUCAGGAAGUCUUCGCUUUCCUUGAGUCGGCAUCCAAAAAGUACGGAAUCGAGUUCUGGGGUCCAGGAUCCGGCAUCAUCCACCAGAUCGUCCUCGAGAACUACGCCGCUCCUGGUCUCCUCAUGCUCGGCACCGACUCUCAUACGCCCAACGCUUCCGGUCUCGGCUGUCUCGCCAUCGGCGUGGGAGGCGCCGAUGCUGUCGACGCCAUGACCAACACGCCUUGGGAGCUCAUGGCACCCAAGGUGCUCGGUGUCCACCUCAAGGGAGAGCUCAGCCCAUGGUGCACUCCUAAGGACGUGAUCUUGCAUCUCGCUGGAAAGCUCACCGUGCGCGGUGGUACCGGCAAGAUCGUCGAAUACUCGGGCCCUGGUCUGCAGACGCUCCCCGCCACCGGUCUGGCCACCAUGUCCAACAUGGGUGCCGAAGUUGGCGCAACAACAUCCGCUUUCCCCUUCACUCCUGCCAUGGGCUCGUACCUCGAGGCUACUGGACGUGCCGAGGUGGCUCGUGCCGCCGAAAAGGCUGCCGGCCAAGGCUUCUUGGCUGCCGACGAGGGUGCCGAAUACGACGAGCGCAUCGAGAUCAACCUUUCCGACCUGGAACCUUGCCUCAAUGGACCCUUUACCCCCGAUCUCAGCACACCACUUUCCGAGUUUGUCAACAAGGCCAAGUCCGAUGCGCGAGAUCACCCUGUCGAGCUCAGCGCCGCACUGAUCGGCAGCUGCACCAACUCGUCGUACGCCGACAUGGCUCGUUGCGCAUCGCUCGCUCAGCAGGCUCGCGACCGUGGCAUGAAGGUCAAGUCGAGCUUCGACGUCACUCCUGGUUCCGAACAGGUUCGAGCUACCGUCGAGCGUGACGGCAUCCAGCAGGUUCUGACCGACGUUGGUGGACGUGUCCUGGCCAACGCGUGCGGUCCUUGCAUCGGUCAGUGGAACCGAAAGGAGCUGCAGGGCGAGGACAACGUCAUCUUGACUUCGUUCAACCGAAACUUCCGCGGCCGCAACGACGGCAACUCCAAGACGUGGAAUUUGCUCGCUUCCCCCGAGAUCGUCACUGCCAUGGCCUUCGCCGGUCGUCUCGACUUCAACCCCAUGACCGACAGCCUCACCGCACCCGACGGCAAGCCUUUCAAGUUCGAACCUCCUCAGAGCGACGUCUUGCCCGCCAGCGGGUUCGCGCAGGGUGACAUCGACUACCUGCCUACUCCCAUGCCCGAGCCUCAGCCAGACACCGAGGUGCUUAUCAGCCCUACCUCGGCUCGUCUCGAGCCGCUCGAACCCUUCUCGAGUCCCUUUGCCGCUACCGCAGCCGAAGGCAAGUACGAGCUUCCCAGUAUGCGAUGCCUGUUGAGGAUCAAGGGCAAGUGCACCACCGACCACAUCUCUGCCGCCGGUCCCUGGCUCAAGUACAAGGGUCAUCUCUCCAACCUCGCCGAGAACACGCUCAUCGGUGCCACCAACGACGAGUUCGACGCCGUCAAUGUCGCACAGGAUUACGCCACGGGCAAGCAGGACACCAUCCCCGGUGUCGCCAAGAGCUUCAAGUCUCGUCAGCAGCCUUGGAUGAUGGUCGCCGAUCACAACUACGGCGAAGGCUCUGCGCGUGAGCACGCCGCCCUGCAACCUCGAUUCUACGGGUGCAACCUCAUCGUGGCCCGCAGCAUUGCACGAAUUGCCGAGACCAACCUGCGCAAGCAAGGUGUCCUGACGCUGCUGUUCGAGAAUGAAGCUGACUAUCUUAAGAUCGCGUCCGGCGAUCUGGUCGAGACUGUUAACCUGACGGAUCUCAUCCGACCGGGUGGAGAUUUGUCAACGCAGGUCAAGUUGAGGGUGACCAAGUUCGAGGAGGAUGGCAAAACGGUCAAGGAGAGCUUCGAGUUGCCGACCAAGCACUCGUUGAGUGCAGCACACUUGGACUGGAUCCGAGCUGGCUCGGCGCUCAACUUGAUCCGCGAGCAGGCUGCCGCUUCGUCGUCUGCAUCUCAGACCGGUGCCGGUGUUUCGGGUGCCUUCGCAGCUGCAGCCAAGUCAGCUGCCAGCAAGGUCGGCUCUGCCUUGGGAGCCGUCCGAGGCUACGCCACCGCUGCCAAGCCUGCUGGGGGAUCGCGCAACCCAAAUGACCCCAACUAUGUCCCACCCGCCGCCGACCCACGCACCGAGUCCAUCCGCAAGAUCGUCUACCCACCUGCACCGUCCUCGUCGAAAGAGCGAGCCGUGUUCUCCGCCACCUCGGCUGCCUCCGUCCUGCCCUUUGGCGAGGCAUCCGAAGAGAUCCACUCGACCAUCACCCGCGCAUGGCUGCUCUACCAGCGCACGCAGCGCGAAUCGCUCGCCGCUUCGCUCAACGCCAAGCAGGCCCGUCUCCGCGAAGCGCUGACCGAUCUCAAGCAGACCGACCCACGUCUGUACGCAGCGGCGACCUACAAGGUCGCACCCAACAAGCGCAGUCCCAAGGAGCACAGGAAGCUCGUCGAGCUGGGCCUGGUGACGUUGCCGGGCGCAGAGCCCAAGGCGGAUGCGCCGACGGGGGCGGAGGCGAGGAGGUUGGUCAAGGCCGUCGCUGGUGGCGCUAGGUUGGAGGGGUUGUUCCCGAGGGAGAUGCGCGUGCCUACGCAGACGCCCGGAAGGAAGCUUUGGCCCGGAUUUGAGGGUGCUCAGGAGGUGUAA